UUAUGAUGAAAAUUUGUUCGUGACAGUAAUUUGACAAAAUUUAAAUCAUUUGGAAUUCCACUCCGUACAGGAUUUCUUCUGAAUAGUAAGCCCUUUAGAAAAAGGUUUAAUUUUGUGAUGAAAGUUCGUCCAUAGUAGCAAUUUAGCCAAAAAAAUUAUGACGGUAGAGAAUUUAGAUCGCUUAGGUCUAUUUUUUAUAUCUCAACAAAUGUGGGGCUACCAUGAAAAGUAACCUAGGUGCAAUUUUCUGAUCCCAACCAAUGUAGCAACCUUUCGUAUUGAGAGGAAGUCUAAGUUCUAGUUUUUUAUGAUGCAAUCGAAGAAGCAAUAAAAUUUUUGCGAGGUAGAUUAAGUUUGCUAAAUUUGGACAAUUCCGUGCGAUAUUCCUCCAAUGUGUGUAUAUUUGUUUUGAUGUGUCAUCACCAAAACGAGUGAAUAACUGUACCAGGCAAAGUGCUGUGCGAUAUCUAACUGUCGGCCUUGCUCGACCAUAAUGGUUUUACUUUUAUUUUUGCUUAAACUAAAGGAAAACCAUAACCAGUCUACAUGUGACGUGAUGUAAUGUGCUUCGAAGAUUCAUUUGUUGACAUUUGUUCGUUUAUUCAUGCAUCGAAAUGAUUUCGCAACCCUAAAGAUGGAUUUUUCAAAUCUUUUAAAAUAAUAUUAAAGUAAACAAUAAUAAUAAAAAACAAAACAAAAAAAAUAAAAGUCCUUUAAACGAGACGACGGGGCAAACAAACUUUUGUACUUUUGUAAAUUUUGGAGAGUAUAAAUAUACUUUAUAAAAAUUAAAUUUAAGCUAACAUGUCAAAGAAAAUUGACUGUCCACUCUUAAUACUGUUCACUGUCGUUUUCUUGUGCGGAAAUUAUGUGCAAUUAUCGAAAUCAAUUGCAAUCGCGCCGGCAACAUUCAGUACAGCAAUUUCCAGAGCGGGAAAAUUCUCAAAUACACUCAAGGAGACAACUGCAUGGAAAACAUUGACAUCACAUCCAAAUUCUUUGGUGCAGUUGCUGCCGUCACGGGCAAUGCGGGUAGUUCAAGAAGUCGUCAGAUCUUUUCGCAAAGACGCCAACGUCAUUGUGAGGACAAUAGCGGGCAGAAUACGUGGACGUUAUCAAAAAUAUCGGUCAGGUGAAAGAGGCGGCUAUUAUAGCUUUAAAGGUAUUAGAUAUGGAGCCGCUCCCAUAGGAGAUCGAAGAUUCCGUGCUGCCGAACCUGAAAGAUCUUGGCUGGGAAUUCGAGAUGCCUCUAGGGAAGGCCAUAGUUGUCCUCAUAAAAAUAUGAUUUUGGAUACUUUUAAGGGUAAUGAGGACUGUUUAUUUUUGAAUGUGUUCACUAGUAAAGUGCCUAAAGGCGAUUAUAAUCCACAAAUGCCCGUGAUGGUAUGGCUGCACGGUGGCGGCUAUUCAUUUGGCUCUGGGAACACUUUCUUAUAUGGACCCGAUUAUCUUGUUGCGGAAAAUGUGGUUUUAGUGACUCUAAACUAUAGACUAGGACCGUUAGGCUUUUUAACGGCCGGUCCAAAUGCUCCUGGUAAUCAGGGUCUCAAAGAUCAAUUGUUGGCCCUAAAAUGGGUACGUGAUAAUAUUGCUGCUUUUGGUGGUGAUCCGAAUCAAGUAACGGUCUUUGGCGAAUCAGCAGGAGCCUCGUCAGUACAGCUCUUAAUGCUAUCACCCUUGUCGAAAGGUCUAUUCCAUCGUGCCAUUUCAGAAAGCGGUUCUGCUUUAAAUCCUUGGGCCUUAGGUGAAAGUUCAGCAUUAAGGGCUUCGCGUUUGGCAGCAAAUUUGGGGUAUAUUGGAACUAAUAACACUGAUGAUAUAUUAAGAUAUCUGAAAAAAUUACCUGCCAUGAAACUGAUAGAAGGUGCACCCAACACUUUAACUGAAGAAGAUUAUCGCAAUAAUAUCGGUCUGCCAUUUGUACCGGUAGUGGAAGGCUAUUGGAAUGACGCUAAUAGAACCAUUUACACAGAGUCUCCUCUUAUAACGGAAAACCCUAUAGAAUUAUAUAGAAACCAAAAAUUCCAAAAAAACAUACCUUACUUGACAGGCUACAACACGCAUGAGGCCAUGUUAUUUAUAAGACGUUUGCGUAAAAAUCCCAAAUUAUUAGAAAUUAUUGAAAACGAUUUUGCACGUAUGAUACCCAAAGAUCUGAACGUUACUGGGGACAGAAACCGAGUUACACGGGAAAUUCGACAAUUCUAUUUAGGAACCAAAACUGUAAGCGUGGAUUCAGUAAAUGAAAUGAUCGCGUUGCUUACGGACGUUAUGUUUUUACGGGGCAUACGUCGCAGCGUCCGCUAUCAUGCGCGUUACGGUAAUGCUCCCGUUUAUAUGUAUCGGUUUGCCUUUGAUGGUGCAUUAGGUCUUUACAAACGCAUGCUUGGCUUACAACGACCCGGCGUUUGUCAUGGUGAUGAGAUGGGCUAUCUCUUCAAGUUUGGUUUCUUCAAUUUAAAUUUGGAUCCGAAUUCAUUGGAAAUACUAGUCAAAAAUCGCAUGGUACGCAUGUGGACAAAUUUCGCUAAAUACGGAAACCCGACACCAGCCCAUCGAGUAGAUAAUCUAAUAAAUACAAUAUGGUUGCCCAUAAGUCCGGAUAGUGUGAUGGAUAAUUUAAGUUUUAUGGAUAUAAGUGCUACAUUGGAUGUAAGAAAAAAUCCUGAAUUUGAACGGCAGCAAUUUUGGGAUUACAUGUACGAACACUACAAUGGAGAUGCCAUGUAGAAUAAAAGAAAACAUUUAAAGUAGUGAAAUCGGUUCAAUUCAUCUAAUUUUCGCCUGCCAUUGUAUAAGCAAAGAGUUAACCAAUGGUUUAUUGUUAUUGUUUAAGUUCUAAACAACUUCAUGAUUAAAUUCUAAAAUUGUUCUGCUAUUAUACAAAAACCGAUGGUUUAUGUGAAAUAAAAGCAUUUAUAUAAAUUAUUAGAAAA